GCCGAGACGCCAGUUGUUAUGAACGCGGCAUCAAUCUAGGGGAGUGAUUUAAACGUCAUCACCGGAAGUGGCAUUUAGAUUAGUGUGACAAGCUAGCUACAAAACAUCUUAUCUAUAGUCUGAAUACCAAUUUUAUGCAAAUGUUUAUUUUUAUUUCAAGUUGACAAGCUAUAUAGUCACCAGGGGAAUAAUUUGCCGUGCUCGUGACAUGUAUUUUGUCUGUACAAACCUGUUGCUUCCAAAAUGUGCAUCUUUAACAGAGCUAGUGUUAGCUAGCUUGAUAAUACUGUACCACAGAACAAUGAGGUUAGGUUAUACACAUCUUUGACUGUACUCUCGUUGGUACCAGUCUGCCUGCUCCAGCUCAGCUGUCACAACUUUCUCUGUAUCGAGAGUUCUCCAACACCAACAUGGAAAAGGACUUCUCAACCUUGUCAGGGUGUGGACAAGACUAGUAAAUUUAAUGUCUCCUUUCUGAAACCAACACUGCGCAAUAAGGAUCCAGCAUGUUAAACUCAGGGUUCAUCCCCAUAUUCUUCAAGCUGAGACAAUAACAGAGCUUCUGCAUUCAUCUGUGGGAGUCACAGCAUGGGUAUCCUGAGGGUUCUAGUCAACACUAUGGGUAGAGUCAGCACCUUCAGGUCCUAUCAGUUUGUCCUCCUCCUCACGGCAGCGCUGGCCGUUGUAGCCUUCUACUUCUUUGGGUCGGAAAGGCAUGAUUUCUCCAGCACCACCAAGCGCAUCAAGCAGACCCAGGCCAGCCACAACACCAACCGGAACGAUGCAGACCUUUCCUUGGACACCAGGCUGGUGCACCCUGAGGGAGGAGAGUUGGAGAGGGAUGGAGAGGAGGGUGAAGUCAGGGCUAGGAGGGCAGACAGUGGGCAUGAGGUCAGCCAGUACUACCAUGCCCUCAUGAUGUUCACGAAGGUGGACAAGAGCCGAAGCUUGCAGGAGAAGUUCCGGGUGGCCAUGUUAUCCAUGGCGAAAUACAGCCUCUUCCUGGACAAAGAGGUGCUUGUCCUUCAUUUUGUGAGCGACGAGGCCAGCCGAGAGCUGGGCGAGAGGAUGCUCCCGGAGCUGCUCCUCGUCGGAACUUUUCAGUAUGAGGUGGUGUUCCAUGACGUGGGGGUCCUGAGCCAGAAGCUCUUCCCCAUCGUGGAGGCCAUGCAGAAGCACUUCAGUGCCGGCUCCGGGGCCUACUAUAGUGACGCCAUCUUCUUCCUGUCAGUGGCCAUGCACCACAUCAUGCCCGCAGAUCUGCAGCGCAUUGUACAGCUGGACCUGGAUCUGAAGUACAGGAGCAACAUCAGGGAGCUGUUUCUGGAGUUUGAUCGAUUCCCUCCCGGAGCUGUGAUCGGCAUCGCCCGAGAGAUGCAGCCGGUAUACAGACACACCUUCUGGCAGUACCGUAAGGAGAACCCUCAGUCCCGUGUGGGGGAGCCUCCUCCCGACGGCUUGCCGGGCUUCAACAGUGGAGUGAUGCUGCUGGACCUAGGGGCCAUGCGGACCUCGGCCCUCUACAACCAACUCCUGGAGCCCAGAAACGUGGCCCAGCUGGCUGACCAGUACCACUUCAGGGGCCACCUGGGGGACCAGGACUUCUUCAGCAUGAUCGGCAUGGAACACCCAGGGCUGUUCCACCAGUUGGCCUGUGGCUGGAACCGCCAGCUGUGUACCUGGUGGAGGGAGCAUGGAUACGGGGACGUGUUCCAGCUCUAUUACCGCUGUGAGGGGCCAGUGUAUAUCUACCAUGGAAACUGUAAUACGCCCAUACCCGAUGACUGAGUUGGGACCUCGUAAUGUGUUUCCCUAAAUGGUGGGUCUGUUUUGUGGUUAACUCAUUGGAAGUUGUGGCUCAAGACUGGGUUCUGGAGAGAAAGAAGAUAUUAGCUACACAACUUUCUGGGUCACAACAAAACUCCAAAAAAAGCCUUAGUUUGGCCAUGUGGCAACAAAAGUUUUGGAACCAAAACCAUUUCUGUACUGUACCACUGCUACUGUAAACAUUGCUCCCACUCCUGCCCCCUGCUGGACAGGUGUGCAAUACAGUCAGUACAAGGCAUCUCACUCACUCCAUUAAUGUCAAGUGAUGCUAAUGAUAAACGUGGAGCAUAAAGAGACCUUGCUGGUGAAAAUUGCCGAAUGCCAUACUUUGUUCUCUCAGUUCACUUUUUGGAACAUUUAACAUUCUUGAAAAAUGUUGGACUGUGGUAUAAAAAAGAAUGGUUAGCAUGCAUAAGAGAAAAUGGCAAACCUUCACCAACAAAAAUAACUCUUGACAUUGAAAAUUCCUGACAAACUGUAAUAAUACCCUGGCGUAAUGUAUGAGAGAAUAUGAGCUCAUUAGUGUGAGUAUUUUAUCUGUGCUAAUGUGUUUGCUGUGUAUCAUGGUAGUCUGUCUGGAUUUGUCUGUCUCUCUCUUUUCUCCCUCUAAUCAGCGCAAGAUUAGGUGAGGGUUAAUAAUCAGUGCUCAUUCACUGCCCGCCCCGGAGUAGUGAACUACAUGUAGUUCAACUAGUGAUUUAACUACAUUUUGCAGUAGGUUGGUGGUAGUUUAACUAAAUUCAAAUCUUGGUAGUGUUUUCAGUAGUUAAUUACUUGUUUUGCUAUGUAGGGAUGUAGAUAACUACUGGAAUUACACACUAGUUCUUUUGCAAAAAUAAAAUAUAUGUGCU